AUGGCUCCUCCUCAACCCGAAAAGAGCCAAUUGAAACGAACUAGAGGUUCUCUGCCAGAAACCGAACUGGAUGCGAAGAAGCCCCGCCGCUCCGACAGGCAAUCACCCGAACCCGAGCACAAGACGCCAGUCUCUAAGAAGCAUCAGCUUCCCUCCCCAGUCACAAGGUCCGGCGACUCGGAUGAGGUCUACAAGGAGCCCACCGCCACACCCCCGGAAGGACGUCCUAGCCAGGUGAACCACCGCGAUAAGGACGACGCGUCGCAAGCCGUUAAUAACAUCUCCUCGCCGCCGCAGGAGGCUACCCAGGCUUUCUCGCAGUAUGCCCACGAGACCAAGGAGGCCCUUUCGGACGAGGUCGAGGAUGAGGUGAAGGAGGGCGUAUGGGGAUACUUGUUCCCUCUCGAUACCAAAUAUGGCAAAGUUGUCGUCAUGAAGAGGCGAGCCGCUUGCCCUCUGCCUGACGCUAUUGAGGCGAAAGAGUCAACGAAUAAGGAUCAGAAUGGAAAGUCGUCCCUGCAGAAGGAAGAAGAGGCGUACGAGCGCACAAAGGUCAAGGGAGUUGCAUCGGGCGGAUACUUGAUUGGCCGUCAUCCAGAGUGCGUUGACCUGAUUGAUUCUAUGCUUGUCGUCGACCCCGAACGUCGGUUCACUGUGGACCAGUGUCUCAACCAUCCAUGGAUGACUCAGAACCAGCCUGGUGUCAAUGAUAGUACUGAUGGCCUUGUUGGCGGCAUUCAGAGCUUGGGCGUCCAUCGACGGGGCGUGACCAGAGAACGUACUCUCUUGAGCACAUUGAACUCAGUCCAGGUGGCAACCAGAGCGCCUGUGGGAGACAGCAAGAAGCCCGUCAAUAUUUACGCUAAGAACACGAAGAAGAUUCAGCCAAAAGAGGCUGACCCCCACUCGCAGAGAGCUGUGGGCGAGUUCGUGGAGAUGGGGGGCAAGGGCGACGAGCCGCUCUUUGGGGCCGAUGGAGAGAGCAUUUACUCAAAGAACGACAUUGCUAGCGCCGAGAAGAAUGAUGGGAAGUAA